ACACAAACCGGAAAGACUGACUGCAUGGUUGGUACAUGCUGUAGAGACAGUUGUACGUGUUUGCACUCAGAUUUCUUUUUAUUAAUAGAGACAUUCAUUUAAAUAUUCAUUGUUUUACUCGGCAGUCUGUUAUCGGUCGUCGUUAUCAUUAUAGCUUUAAAAAGAAAAACAUUGAUGGCCUAGAUAAUGAAUGUUAGUGUGAACUUUUUCGUGUAUGUGGUGGUUUAAGCAGAAUUAAACUGCGUGUUAAUUUUACUUUUUAAUCCACUGUUAGAAAUGUCUAAAGCAAAGAUAAAGGAGGCCACUUCGGCUAUUAGUAUACAAACAAACAAGCAAACUAAUUGCGUGAAGGGAAAAGACAAAGCUGGCAAGAAACGAAAAUACUUCUACCAACACAUGGAGCCUAAAGCGAAAGAAGCGAAGAAAAACGCAUUUCUUCCGCCCAGAGAUUCUGCAGAGUUUUCGGCUAACUGGAAGACUCUUCUUAUGGUGCUCAACUCAGAAGAGAACUCAAAUGCAAAAAAGCUUUCAUCAUUACCUAUUAAAGAAUCCCACAAAGUUGCACAAAGCAUAAAUGAACACACACAAAAACCAGCACGUAAAGACUUAAAUAAAUCAUUUAACAGGGGGAAAUUGCAAAAAUCCAAAUUGACUGGAACAGUACAAAGUGGGAAUCAUCCUAAACAACACAAAACUGAAAAGAGGAUGAUGAACGAUGAAGAGGCAGGACGAAAAAAAGAGAGAGACAAAAAGAAGAAAUUUGAAGAGUUGGAAAAGAAGCCAACGGAGGCAGAAAUCUGGUUUGAUGACGUUGACCCUGAUGACAUUGAGGCCGCUGUGGGCUCGGAGGCUGCUGACAUUAUGAGGAAGAGGACCGGUGUGACUAAAACAGAUGCUAAAGAUACACAGCAGAGCACAGAAAUGUUGCUAGUCAAGAAGAGCACUUGUGAUGGAUUGACACGUGCUGUUGCUAUGGAUUGUGAGAUGGUCGGUGUGGGUCCUGGAGGAGAGGAAAGCAUGCUGGCACGUGUCUCCAUUGUAAACUACUUUGGCAAGUGUGUCUAUGACAAAUAUGUUAAAUCAACACAGAAAGUCACCGAUUACAGGACAGCCGUGAGCGGCAUUCGGCCUGCUGACAUCCAGCACGGGGAGAGCUUCAAAACAGUACAACAGGAGGUGGCAAAGAUACUGGAGGGACGAAUACUAGUUGGACAUGCCAUCCAUAAUGACUUAAAGAUUUUAUUACUGGAUCACCCAAAAAGAAAUACAAGAGACACUCAAAAAUACAAACCAUUUAAGAAGAUAGCGAAGAGUGGACGCCCGUCGCUGAGGGUUUUGUGUCGGGAGAUUCUGAAUGUGAAAGUUCAACAGGGAGAGCACUCGUCUGUCCAAGAUGCUCAGGCUACCAUGCGUUUAUACACACUGGUGAAGAAGAAGUGGGAGACAGAGCUUAAAGUCAGCAGGACUCAGAACAUGGACCAGAAAAGCUCUUGCAAACCCAAACCAAAGCCAACUUGAAAAAAAAACUCAAAAUCCAAACACAAAUGGACAAUGGAAAUUAAUAAAAUGCAGCUAAAACAAAAACACACACCACGGUAAAUGAGUUCCAAGUGACAAGUGUGUCUGUCACAUUACAUGAAUGCAGAACUUACAGUUUUGUCAGACUUAACAUCUGUCCUGGCAUCUCUAAUAUUGGGUCAGUUUAAGGAUCGUAUACACAUCAUAGGGGAAUGCAGAAGUGAAUAAUAUGCAAUUUCACUGGUAUAUUUCUUUAAUUUUGCAACCCUAUACAAAUGUUUCACAUAUUUGUGCAUACAUAAAACAUAUUUUUGAUUUUCAGAACUAAUGGGAACUUUCUCACAGUUUGUUUUGUUAUUCAUUUUAUUCAGUCAUUUUAAGUGCUUUUUAUUAAAAGACAUGGACGCUGUA